AUGCAAGCAUUUGAUGCACUAGCUCAACGAGAUGUUUAUCUCGUCCAUGAUUAUCACAAAAUUCCACCGGGAAGAGAAGCACAAAGAUCCAGAAAUAGAAUAUUGAUAAUAUGUGGUCUUACUACGACUUCCUCAAGCAGUGCGGAAAGAGCAGCGCUGUAUAUGGAAGCAUGUGCCAAGCAAGAGCUUUUUGCUUCUGUUCCUCCUUUAAACUUCACUUGCGAAAACAAGAUAGCAGGUGGUUAUUAUGCUGAUAUAGAUACUGGCUGCCAUAUUUUUCAUUUGUGCGCUCCAAGCAAUCUGCAAACUCUGACAGAUCAUCCCUUCUGCUGCCAUCCGGAACUUGUAUUUGAUCAGAGAUUCCUUGUCUGUGAUAGACCUGAAAACGUCGAUUGUCCAGUCUCUCAUCGAUAUUACAGUGAUCAAUUCGAUGGACCAGUCAAAGUCCUACAGAGAGAAAAUGAAGAAUUGCAAUCGAAAAAUCGACAGUCAAGAGGCAGCGAUGAAUCCAAUGAAUCGGUUGAAUUGCACAGCAAAGAUGAGUCUACGUCACAUCUCACAAACCAGGAAAACGCAGAAAAUGGCCACUUAGAAAACCCCGGAAAAGCAGUUACACUUCCUCCAGCAUUUAGACAACGUUAAUACAGCUGUUUUUCCGUUGAUUAUUUUAACAUCCACACUAAUACUUUCUUCAAUUGAUAGCUUACAACUGCAAAGGUUUUAAAUGUAGAUAUCUUCAGAGUUCCUGACUUCAUCCUUGCGGAAAAUUAUAAACUGAAGCUGCUAUUUCAUCUUUUGAAGAUUGUGCUUUCGAGGAUUUACGAAACAUUUAAGGCCAAGAUUAAAAUUAAUUUAAGAAUAUGCGCCUGGUGAGAUUAAGCGAAGAUGAGCUACUGGUGCCAAAAAUGAUCUGUCUUUAUGAGCUAUGCUAUCAAAUAUGUUCAGUUGUUUUUGCAGUUUUGUUGUAAGAUAAAACACUUGAACUAAAUAUGAACCAUUGUAUUACUCGUAGUUUUGUUGCUAAAAAUUCCUUAAAAUGUGCGAAGAAAAUCUGUGAUGGGGGGAGGCGGUAAUAAAUGUUCAAAGUUACUACUUUGUCACAAGGAAAGAAUAAUGAGAUGAACGAUAAAAAGUUAUUGAUUCAUGCUUUUUGUCAAUAAUGACAUAAUACCUGGGUUGCAGAGAAAAGUUUUGAUAAAUAUGCAAAAAAAUGAGAACAAAG